AAGCAUCUUGCUCUUCUUCUUUUUCAAAGUUGUAAUGUAACCCUUUCUUGCCGUCACCUCAUCGUUGACAACAAAGAAGUAGAAAUCGAAGUCGUAGUCGAAGUCGUCACUCACAGACUCAGUGAGUGUAUAAAUUAAAAAUUAGGUUAUCGUGUGGGUGAAGAAGAAUCAAGAUCCAGAUCAUAUGGGUGGAGGUGGAGUUACGGCCAACGCGGAGGCGCAGUACUCGUCGGCGAAGACCUCCGUGUGGUGGGACAUAGAGAACUGUCAUGUCCCGAAGGGUUCAGAUCCACACGCCAUCGCUCAGAAUAUCAGUUCAGCGCUUGUUCGCAUGAACUAUUGCGGUCCUGUUUCAAUCACCGCCUAUGGCGACACUACUAAGAUCCCUGCCUCUGUACAGCACGCCCUCUCUAGUACCGGAAUCUCCCUCAACCAUGUCCCUGCAGGUGUGAAAGAUGCUAGCGACAAGAAGAUUCUUGUUGACAUGCUGUUUUGGGCAGUGGACAAUCCUGCACCUGCUAAUUAUUUAUUAAUUUCGGGUGACCGGGACUUCUCUAAUGCUCUUCAUCAACUGCGGAUGAGGAGAUAUAAUAUUCUUCUUGCACAACCUCAGAAAGCGUCAGCACCCCUAGUUGCAGCUGCUAAGAGUGUAUGGCUCUGGACUAGUCUUUUAGCUGGCGGACCUCCUCUAACUAAUGGUGAAUCACAACAACUUGGUAAUGGUAGCAUUGGAUCAUCUUCUGACAGCGUACACACUCCAGUCACAAGUUCUACGCAGAUACAGCAACAGCUGGGUUCCUAUUCUGAAGUUCAUGUGGGAAAUUCGAAAUUUCCAAAUGGAGGAAGGGGAUUUGAUUCUAGAUAUCAAGGGAAAACGGCCUGGAGAAACCCAAGUCAACCAAAUGGACCCAGAGCCAUGAGUCCACCGCCGGUUGGACUUCAAGAUAAUCAUAAUAAUGUAUAUUCUCAUCGACCUGGCAAUUACAAUCCUAAUGUUCCCCUAAGUGGAUCUGCUAAAAAUUUUGUUCGAGCCAAUACUGAUCAGUUAUGGAGCAAUAACGGUAAUCUACAGGGCAAUCGUCCAAAUCCUUAUCCACAGCCAUUAAGAUCAAACAAUUUUCCAUUGCAACCUCCUUUUGCCCCUAGUAAUUCACGUUCUCCAAAUUCCCACACUUUUGCAACUUCACCAAUGCCACCGAGGACAGGUGGUCCCAACUUAACUACGGGACCACUUACAAAUGUGUCAGGUAUUGGUAAUCUGAACAUUUCUGGAUAUCCCAGCAGUGUCCAUAAUCCACUUACUGUUCAGCAACGGGGUGGAGUUUUGAAACAGAAUCCUAACAGUAAUGCACCACGUCCGGUAAGAUCAACUGAUGAACAAAAUGGACUUAUGGUACCUAGCAGUAGCAUGCAACAAUUAUACCAAGGCCAUCCACAUGGUCCGGAAUAUCAACCUCCACCAUUGGCAGCAAUGGGUAAUAAUAACCUUCCUGGUAAUGGUAUGUGGGGAUCUCCUGGAUGUCCUAAACCUUCUGAAUAUGUCCAAGGCCUUAUUGGGGUUGUUUUACUUGCCUUGAACUCACUAAAAAAUGCAAAGAUGUUGCCAACUGAGGCAAAUAUAACUGAUUGCAUCCGUUAUGGAGAUCCCAAGCACCGCAACACCGAUGUUAAGAAGGCUCUGGAGAGUGCUAUUGAGCAGCAGAUGGUGGUGAAACAAAAUUUAGGUGCUUUGCCAUUGUAUAUCGGUAAGAAUGAUAAACUUUGGAAGUGUGUAAAUCUCAUAGGUGGUAAUCCUAAGCAGCACUCAAAUGAAACUUGGGAUGAAAUUCAAAAGUUUUUAACAACUUCUGCUGGAAGAUCGGCAAUAUUGGCUACCCAGUGCAAGUAUGAAGCAGGUCUUGUGAUAAAGAGUAUGUGCUUUAAAGAUCUUGCUUUGGGCGAUGUUCUUCAGAUAUUGAACAUGCUGAUUACCCAUAAAAAAUGGAUUGUGCACCAUCAGUCUGGUUGGCAGCCACUUAACAUUACUCUUCCUGAGACAGACCCUGACUCAGGGGUCGAUGCUGGCACAUAACUGCACCCUGAUUGGGGUAAUAGAAAGGCACCCAGAGAAAAUCUCAUAAAAGUUACUGAAUAUAUUAUGAGCCAGUUGGACUAGGAAUUAUUCGAAUAAUCCUCUUUUUCUCGUGUGAAUCAAAAUGUAGGUAGUAAUGGUGAACUGUAGUACGAUAAUCACGUUGAGUCUUUUUGGUCAUCUUGAGGGAGAAAUGAAAGGAGCAUUUGGACAAUAGUUGAAACAUACCAAACAUGCAGUUUUCGUGUGGUUGCUGAGGUUCCGACUAUUGCCUGUUAUACAUCACAGUGAAUCUAUCCUGGAAUUAGUAUGCUUUGAGCUUCUGCUCGUUUUUUUUUAUCUUCCUACAGAUCUAUAUUCUGCUUGGAGAUUGCCUUAUCACACUGAACUCCUUCGAUCCUUUUAUUGAAAUAUUCUAAAAAGUGAUUGGGAUAUUUGCCAAAUGUGUUUUUCUAGAAGUAGAUGAACCUUCAAGCAAGUUAGGUAACCGCCCUCAAUGCUGUUUGAUUAUAACUUGAGAGAAGGGAUCUACCAAGUCUAAUUCUUGAGAGAGGACUGUGGAAUGCGAGUCCAGAAACUUUUGUAUUGCCUUUUGUUCAUUGAUGGCUACGUCUUCGAGAUGUUGCAGGGCGUUUUAACUAGUGGACAGAGAAUACUAAGAUUGCACAAAAAUUGAAGGAGACCGCACUCUAAACUCCUUCAUGAAGCUCAUGAUUUGCUAUCUCAACAAAAUUACAAGGUAUGUUUAUUAUGGAAAUUGACUAUGAAAAAUCACGUUAUGCAGUUUCAACAUGAUUCAAAUAUGGUGAAACCAAAUGGUAGUGCAUCCUAUGAAAUCUCUGGUUGCUGAUGGUGCCUACAUAUUAUUUAUAUGGAAUUAGCUUUAGGAUGUCUGGCUCGAAGCUCAUAAAUCGGUAAUUUAGACGGGAAUUGGUCUCUGGUCUUGCUGCUUUCUAUUGCUUUUUAAUGUUAGUAGAUGCGUCUAUAAACCGUAUUUUAAUAUUUGCGUUGUAUCAGACAGAUUGUUGUUUAAAUAUAAACCGUAUUUUAAUAUUUGCAUUGUAUCAGGUUAUCAGACAGAUGGUUGAGAUUAUCUCGGUAGAUGUCCUUAGGACUGGA